AUCCAGUGCAAGCUAUGGAUCAUUCAUUGGUCACCAUACAACUCAGCCGAGGACACCAAGCUGUUGAUUCGUCCCUCUAAGUCAUCAUUUUUCGAGUGUCGCCACUUCUGGUCAUUUUGCAUCGUUCGAGACGGCCCCAGUAAUGCCAUCCACGCCCAAGAACAUUGUGAUUGUGUCUGUGGGGACGCGAGGGGACAUCCAGCCGUACUGUGUCCUCGGCGUGGCCCUCGCUGCCCUUGGCCAUAACGUGACCAUAGCUUCUGAAACACGACUGGAGAAUCUCAUCACUUCCGAGUUCAAGUUGCCCUUCCGCCCCAUCUUGGGGGAUUUAGUCGGGGGGUUGUUCGACGAGUCAUUUCAAGUCCGCUUUCGCAAUUCCCGAGUCCUGGAGUUUCUCGACUUGAUGGACCAGUGGAAUGAACAGUAUGACAAGCAGUUGAUCUUGGCGUCGUAUGUGUCGGCUCUGCGGGGGGCGGACGUUGUGAUUGGGGGGCCCCUCUGUACAGCCCAAUCGUAUUCGGUCGCGGAGGCGAUGGGCGCGACGUGGGUCCCGCUGUUCCUGGGCCAUGUACACCUGCCCACGACCGAGUUUCCCCAGUGGUUGCUGGAAGACUACACAGGCAACUGGCUUGGGUUUGUUAACACAUGGACCCAUUCGUACGUGUGGAGCCAAGUGUGGAAGAAACAGCAAGUGCACAUCAACGCAUGGCGCGAAUCGUCUUUGCAGUUGCCACCGAUGACGAGUGAGUACGGAAUGCUCAAUGUCCUCCAAUCCAACGACAAUAUCGUGGUGUACCAAGCGUGUUCGGUGCUUCUCGCCGGCCCCAAACGGCGAGUACCGUUGGACUAUACCCCAGGAAAGGUCGUGUUCAGCGGGUUUCUUUUUCCGACGACCCCACAACCUGAACCAGAGCUCUUGAAAGCCUUUUUGAGCAAGGAUACGUCGACCCCGGUCAUUUACAUUGGCUUUGGCAGUAUGCCGACGUUGGAGCCGCUUGCGCUUGUACAAUUAGCAGUCGACGUGUGCAAAAUCGCCAACUGCCGCUGUGUGCUGGCAGCGGGGUGGACUUCGAUGGCUCAAAGCAGCUGCAGCGAGCUCAUAGCCGCCCAUUCUGACUUGGUGUACGUGGAACGGGGCUCUAUUUCCCACACGUGGCUGUUCCCUCAAAUGAGCUGCCUCUUGCACCACGCUGGGUUGGGCACGUUGGCGGCGGCGUUGCGGAGUGGGGUGCCUCAAAUUCCGUGUCCAAAGUUUGUAGACCAGUUCCAUAAUGCCAAGAUACUGAUUUCGCUGGGCGUGGCCGCUUGCGCAGUGUCCAAGACCCAAAUGACCGCAGCCUAUGUGGGUACUGCAGUGCUCAAAGUACUUCGAAACGACAACAAUAUCCAAGCUACGGCAAAAGAGAUGGGCGAAUACGUGGCCAACGAGAGCCAGGAUGCCUUGGCUCGACUGUGCGAGAGCAUUUUGCAGACAAAGCCGACGUUUGCAAAGGCUUAGAAGCCCUGUUCAGGCAACAUCACUAAUUUUCAUAUUGUGCGAAUUCAAUGGUGUUGUUCCCUUCGACGGCACAAUACGAC